CAAGAACCCCAAGCGGAAGUUGCCGCUGUCAAGCGGAAGUUGCCGCAAUGUCAACUUCCGCUUUGUUCCAGCUAGCUUCACCGACGGGCUGGCAAACUUUGCGAUAAUGUCGCCGACGUUGUGAUAUUUGUGUUCGGCGUUGUUUCACCAUGUGGCGCGUGUGCGUAUUUGCGUUUGUGGCCCAGUUCUGCUUGGGCGGAGCUGUUAAUUCGAGAAUUACACCGGAGAAAAUGGAUACACUUCAUUCUAUUCUGGCUGAUUUUGAGAUUCUACCAGUGUCGGAGCUCCAGUUACACUCUGUGAGAAAGAGGGACGUCCAUGCCCCGUCCCACCUUGAGCGACUGGUCAGCUUCAGAGCUUUGCACAGACAUUUCAAGCUGUAUUUGACCACCAACACAGAGCUUUUCACUGAGAAUUUCCAAGCUGUGUUUGUCGAUAAACUCGGAAGGGAGGAGAACUAUGACAUUCAGCUUCAGAACUAUUUCACGGGGCACGUGGUCGGUGAAGAGAACUCUCGUGUGCAGGCACACAUUGAUGGCGAUGAGUUUUCAGCUCACAUUCUAACUGAUGAAGCGGAGUACAAUGUAGAGCCCUUAUGGCGUUUUACAGACAGCGGUGGCGAUGGCAGGUUGCUGGUGUAUCGCUCUGAAGACAUCAGGAAUCUGAGCCGCAUCGCUUCUCCAAAAGUGUGUGGUUACGUCCAUGCCGAGGACUUGCUGCUCAGGACCCCCAGGGCGAGUUUGUAUGAGCCCAACGUUACAGACAAGCUAAAUGAUUUUCAUCACAGAGAAAAGCGGCAAGUUCACGACCACAAAAAGAACACCUGCCGCCUAUUGCUAGUUGCAGACCACCGCUUCUUUAAACACAUGGGCCGCGGACAAGAGAGUGUCACACUCAAUUACCUGAUUGAGCUGAUCGAUCGAGUGGAUGACAUAUAUCGAAAUACAACCUGGGCUGAUGACUUAAAAGGAUACGGGGUGCAAAUACAUCAGAUGAUCAUCCACAGGGAGCCCACUAAACCUCCUGCUGGCCGACCUAGCACCAGCUGGGUCCACUACAACAUGGAAAACAGUCCUGUUCGAGGCAAGGUGGUUUGGGAUGUCAAGAAGCUUCUGGAGCAAUUCAGCUCAGACAUAGCUGACAACGCGUCCACUGUGUGCCUGGCCCACUUGUUUACCUACCAGGACUUUGACGAGGGUACCCUGGGUCUCGCCUAUGUAGCCCCCUCCAAACCUCAGGCCCUGGGUGGCCUCUGCCCCAAACCAUAUUAUCCAUCUCUGUCUGCCAAGAAGCCCAGUUACCUCAACACCGGCUUGACCAGCACCAAGAAUUACGGAAAAUCAAUCCUGACAAAGGAGGCAGAUUUGGUGACCACUCAUGAGCUGGGCCACAACUUUGGAGCAGAGCAUGAUCCGGACAACAUUCCUUACUGCGCUCCUAGUGACGACGACGGGGGAAAGUUUGUCAUGUAUCCAAUUGCUGUGAGCGGAGAUCAUGUCAACAACAAGCGUUUCUCCAACUGCAGCAAGAUCUCCAUUGGAAAGACGCUGCGUUACAAGGCUCCUGUGUGCUUCACUGAGAGGAACAGCAAAGUUUGUGGCAACUCCCGAGUGGAAGAAGGAGAGGAUUGUGACCCGGGCCUGCUCCACCUCUACGACGACCCUUGUUGCUCUUCGAGCUGCAAGUUCAAAUUUGGUUCUCAGUGCAGUGACCGUAACAGCCCAUGCUGCAGAAACUGCAGGUUUGAGCUGGCAGGAACAAGAUGUCAAGAGCCAAUUAGUGCGACCUGUAAGGGCAUAGCCUUCUGCACAGGCAACAGCAGUCGAUGUCCUCCCCCCGAAAACGCCAUCGACGACACUGUUUGCGUUGACAACGGCCGGUGCCGCAAUGGAGAGUGCAACCCGUUCUGUGAGGCCUUACAGAACCUUCAGUCCUGCGCCUGCACUGCCACCGAAGAUUCCUGCAAAGUGUGCUGCCGGAGGAAAGAUGGCACCUGCUCGCCUUUUGUCCUGAACGAUGGCAACUUCCUUUUCCUACGUAAAGGGAAACCGUGCACUGUGGGCUUCUGCGACGAGAAUGGAAAGUGCAUGAAGCAGGUGCAGGAUGUAAUUGAGCGUCUCUGGGACUUCAUUGACAAACUGGACAUAAACACAUUUGGAAAAUUUCUGGCAGAUAACAUUGUGGGUUCUGUUGUGGUGUUCUCACUCAUCUUCUGGAUCCCUCUUAGUAUUCUGGUCCACUGCGUGGACAAGAGGCUCGACCAGCAGUAUGAGGAGAACACGAUGUCGUUGUACCGUCCACUUAAUCAAGAAAUCCUGAGCAACCUGGAGUCGGCCUCCAUGCGCAUCGUCAAGCCUCCUCAGCCUCCCUCUUCCUCCUCCGCCGGUCCGACCGUGCUCUUGUCGCAGCCCCGCCAGGCGCCGGCGGCCCCGUUUGCGGCCAGCGCCGUCUCAAAGCCGAACCGCGACCCGAGCUGCGAGGGCACGCCGGACAGCGUCUGCAGCGGCGGGGGGGUGCGGAUGGCCACCAUCCAGGAGGACAACAGCAGCGACUCUCACCCGGUCGAGGAGGCGGGCCGGGGCGACGACUUCCCAACCGCAGGAGCCUGCUUGUCGGCUACGAGAUCCUCCUACGAGGAUCUGAGCGAUCAGAGCCCGUCGGCCCGGGAAAGGCGGCGUCUCCAGAGGCAGCAGUGCUUUGACACCAAAGAGACAGAGUGUUGAGUCUGGUCACUAUCUAACAUUCAUGUGGACACUUCUUCAAUGGGAAGCCAUUUGAGGAUUUAGUUGCUGUCAAGCUCAAGGUCCAUGUACUAGUGUCCUCUUUUUCCGAACUAGUAGGACAACCACAUGUUACAUUUGGGGCAGAACUGCAGUAGGUAAGUGAAACGCAGCUAUUCAGAAGGAAUCGGGACCAAGCCCUGCAAUGAACAGCAAAAAGGCAUUUGUAAAUGCCUCCUCGGCACAACGAUGCUACCAGAUGGCGAUUAUGCAGAAAUAAAACAGCGAAUAGGUGAAUUUUCUGAAAAUAACUUGAGGUGACUGACUACCAAACCAGAACUAUAAGCUAGUGAAGUGUUGCACGCUAACUGGUUUAAUUUUUUUCCGAGCCGCAUGCAGUCAUCAACUAGUGAAGUUUUGUCUGUAUGUCAAAGUUGUUUUAGUAGUCAGGACAAAGUACUAGUACAUGGACCGAAAGCCGGACAUUGAAUAAGUGCACAAACUGCUUGCCAUAAAGCCCUUUGAGCAUUUUGUUGCAGUGCACUAGUUUUCCUUGGUAAUUCCGCGCAGAGCCGCUUCAGUAUUUUUCUUUCCUACUAUUCCGCUGACUUUUCUUACUAGUUAGGACAAAGAGCACUAGUACAUAGACCUUGAACCGGAUAUCAAGGAUUUCAAAUGACGUUCCGCAAUAUUCUUCGUUCGAUUCGGAUGAAGUGCCAUUUCCUCUUUCGUUGUACCUCAGCCGCAUUUUACAGUAUUUGCUAGCUCAAGUCGCCAGGCUGCACUUUGGAAGCAUGUCCGCUGUAUAUUCACGUACACUGGAUGAUCGUCUUACUGUAACACCCGACUAUUUUUGGGGGACAGGGACAGGCCUGAUGCGAAUAGCGGGGGGAAAAAAAAAAAAAAACACACAAAUACUUUGACAAUAGCAAGUCUGUGUUUUGUUUUUAGAGUAGAAUUGUUUGUGAAUAGUUAAUGGCAUAUAUGCAGAUUACUAUAUAUUCGUGCCCCGUGUCACAAUUGUUUCUCUUUUUUUUUUUUUUUUUUUUUUAAUAUGUCCGCUUCUUGUUACCCUAACUGCAAAACACUGUUGUGCCUUUCCUGGACUGUUAUUCCCCCUCAUCCAGAGUGAGAUAGAAAAAGGGAAGUCCUGUUGUGAAGCUGUGAGGUGCUCAAAGUUUUGUUGCCGUUAUAUUCGUGUGCUCGUGUCAAAUUGUAGCCGGUGUUGCCUGCUGUUUACAGUUUAGGCCAAAAGAGCAAUAGAGCUGACGUGAACUGGAUGGAUGUGAAACUGUUACUCGGUGAAAAGCUUUUAUUCAUGUCCACUGCUUGCAUUACUUACAUCCAAAUAAAUGGUUUGUCAGUCUUCA